UCUAUAUCCAACGGGAUGGAAAUAAGGGAGGGGCCUGUCGGAGCGAUGCCAUGAGCCUUGCCCUCCCAACUUCCCCUGCAGGACGUAGGGGAGGGGAAGCGAGAGUCAGGUUAACUUAGUUAUAUUCUGCGUAGGCACCGGGAAGCGGAUCGCUUCCACCAUGCAGUCUUCGGAGGCUGCUCGAGGGACGGUCUCCCUGCGGGUAUGGCACCUGCCUCUCUUUUUCUGCCUGAUUGCUAUUUUGUUUUCAGUACAGGCACCCCCGACCAUGGCUGAGGGAAGCGGCCUCGCUUCGGUGGACUAUGAGGUGUUUGGGAAGGUGCAAGGGGUAUUUUUCCGCAAACAUACCCAGGCACAAGGAAAAAAGUUGGGUCUAGUUGGCUGGGUCCAAAAUACUAAUUAUGGCACUGUGCAAGGACAAAUCCAAGGCCCUCUUGUCAAAGUCCGACAACUUCAGGAAUGGCUUCAGAAAACUGGAAGUCCCAAAUCUCACAUCGACAGAGCUGAAUUCCACAAUGAAAAGAAAAUUGCUCAUUUAGAGCAUAGUGACUUUUGUAUAAUCAAAUAAGAGAUUUAGGAAUAGAAAGCACUGGAUUUAUAAAGUCAACCAUAGACUUGUUAGAAGAAAGUCAUUCAUUUAGUUUUCAUUUUCUUGCAAUUGGUUAAAUGCAUUCUUUCUGUUGUAAUUAUUUAUUAUAUGAAGCUUCUAUUAAAUGUUUUAAGAUAAACAUUUCCUGAAUUGAGUGAUGUCCCAAUAUUUUGACUGUUAAUAAAGACACGUUUGCUGCAUCAUAUCCACAGCUAUGUAUAAAAAUGAAAUGCACAUAUUGAAAGAUUGCAAGUAUAUAGAAUAUAAAUUACAGAAUUUCAUUGCAAACUUAUUAAUUUUUUGUUUUAGAGUUUUUGAAGUUUCAUAAAUUGUAUAUGGGAGGUAACUAUACACUAAGAAAAGAAACUCUUAAAUAAGUAUAAUGACUUUUUCUGAUCAAGACUUACACUAUACUAUGCAAAGUAUAAAAAUAUUUUUUAUUGUUCUGCAUUUCAGUAUAAUCUAGUUACAACUAUGCUAGAACUAUGGAGAUAUACAGAUGGGAACAUAAUAGCCAUAUUGGGGGGUGGGUUGUCAGGGCUAUGGUGUUCAUACAACUCCUGUGGACCAAUUAAAGACUGAUUUUUUUAAACUAAUACUUCACUAUACACAAGCAAAAGUAUAAUCCCAAAGGUGCUUUUUCAGGAGGCAACCGGGCUUUUGUUUUUUCUUUUGAAAACAAAAGAACAUCUUCAAACGUUGUCAUGCAAGAAGCGUCUUCAGCUCUGACAGGAUUUAUAUUCAUAUAACAUAACAUCAGAGUUGGAAGGGACCUUGGAGGCCUUCUAGUCCAACCCCCUGCCCAGGCAGGAAACCCUACACCAUCUCAGUCAGAUGGUUAUCCAACAUUUUCUUAAAAAUUUCCAGUGUUGGAGCAUUCACAACUUCUGCAGGCAAGUCGUUCCACUGAUUAAUUGUUCUAACUGUCAGGAAAUUUCUCCUUAGUUCUAAGUUGCUUCUUUCCUUGAUCAGUUUCCACCCAUUGCUUCUUGUUCUACCCUCAAGUGCCUCAAGUGCUUCAAUUCCUUCCAUUCCCCACUAUCCUGUCAGAGCUGAAGAAGCUUCUUGGAUAAGAAGUGCAACAUCUUCAAAAAAAACCAAAAAACUAGAAAGUCCAGUUGGCUCCUGAAAAAGCACCUUUGGGACAACCAUGAUCUGGAUGACUGAGAAUCUCUACAGAUAAGCAAAAAGUAUUUAAUCUGGACUGCUGGAUAUUGAAUCUAAAAUGAAAUAAAUAUCUAAAUGUAGUACAACCCUCAGUUUUAUUAAAUUAAUUACAUCAUUCCCAAUUAAUAUUCAAAUAUUGUCUUAGUGCACAUAUGCCUUGGAAUAUAAGAGUUCAUCAAGUCAGAGCUGCACAGCCACAGCCUUAAAUGUGUUUCUAAGUUCUCAACUUGUUCAGCUGCUGUUUAUAUCAUGUUUCAGCAAUAAUAUUCCUUUUAGCUCCUCCGCAACCUGAAAUACUGUUUUGCUACAAGGUGUUUUUCUGUACUUUAUCUUUGUUGGUAAGAAAUAAAUAUGUGAAAAAAUUGACAAUCAUUUUAAGAAUAAUUAGACCCUUUUUUGGCACGCAUUUUAUGUGACUGCCAUAUAUUUUUGAAUGUAUAAUUUUUAUUUCUCCUACCUAAAUGUAAUGAUUUAUAUUUCACCUCUUGAAAGACAACUUUGAAAGAGUGCUGUGUAUCAAAAUGGUAAAAAUUCAUUAAAAAUUUCCAGUGCUUCAA